GGAACACUUGACCCACGCGCCUCGGACUGAUGCUGCGUUAGAAGCUGACCCGAGUCCAGAACCGAACCUCAGCCGGACCGGAGCCCGGAGUGUCGGACAGUAGCCCUGCCAGGAGCCGGUUCUGUUCAGUGCCAUGUGGUUCUGACCGGGUUCGGAUCGGUCCCGAGCCGCAGCAGGAUGAACGGAUCAGAACCUCCAGGUUUCUGCGGCGCCGGCGUCGUCGACUCCUAUGGCUCAAACAUCAAUGGACACAACUGUCCGUCUCCAGAUCCUCGCAGGAGCAAAGCCAAGAGUGGUGCCAAAGCUCUGUAUGAAUCAGAAGAGUCCUACUUCCUCCGCUCUUCUUCCAAACAGAAAAAGAAAAGUCAAAAACACAGGAAACAAUUCACCAGAACCAGCAUCAACAGCCUGACGGACACGUCCCAGUACCACGUGGAGCACCUGACCACGUUCGUGUUGGACCGUAAAGACGGCAUGGUCACGGUGGAGGACGGCAUCAGACGUCUGCGGCUGCUGGACGCCAAAGGGAAGGUGUGGACUCAGGAGAUGCUGCUGCAGGUGGAGGAGAAGACGGUCAGCCUCGUUGACCUGGAGACAACGAACGAGUUGGAGAACUUCCCCAUCACAUCCGUCCUGCUCUGCCAGGCCGUGAUGAACGCCUGCAGCUACGACUCCAUCCUGGUUCUGGUGUGUAAAGACCCCAGCCAGACUAAACCGGACCUGCACCUGUUCCAGUGUGAUGACAUCAAGGCCAACCUGAUCCACGCAGACGUAGAAAGUGCCAUGAUGGAUGCCAAAGGAGGCAAAGUGAAAAAACGACCAGAAACCCUGAAGAUGAUCCUGAAGAGUGACAGCAUCAUCCCGCCUCCCCCAGCCACACCCGCCCCCGAGGUUCCGGCAUCGUCCAACCAGGUGGAUGCUAAGGGCCGCGUGGCCGCCUGGUCGGCCUGGACCAAUGAGCAGCAGCAUUACGAACAGCAGGACGACAGGCCGGGGGACAUGACGGCGCUGUUAGUGGACCGGGACGUGCAAAUCCUGAACCACAUCCUGGAUGACAUCGAGUUCUUCAUCACCAAACUCCAGAAGGCCGCCGAGGCCUUCAGCGAGCUGUCCAGGAGGAAGAAGGCCAAGAAGGGCAGGAAGAAAGGUCCUGGAGAGGGCGUCCUGUCUCUGAGGUCCAAAGCCCCCGGUGAGGACGAGUUCGUGGACUGUCUUCAGAAGUUCAAGCACGCCUUCAACCAGCUGGCCAAGCUGAAGGAUCACAUUCAGAACCCCAGCGCCGUGGAUCUGGUCCACUUCCUGUUCACGCCACUCAGAAUGGUGGUCCAGGCAUCUGGCGGUACCGAUCUGGCUCGGAGCGUCUUGGUUCCUCUGCUCACCCAGGACGCCAUCGAGUUCCUCCACGCCUCAGGAACGGUGGAGGAACGCCACCUGUGGGUGACUCUCGGAGAUGGGUGGACCAAAUGCAGGCUUGAGUGGCCAAAGGACCACUACUUCCCUCCCUGUUUGUUGCGGUUCCGUGACGGAUGGGAACCUCCCGUGUUCUCUGCCGUGGCUGCGAGUCGUGAACAGGAAGUGAUGCAGCUGGCUGAACGCCUCGCCGGCCCUGAGGUCCAGAGAACAGAGGACCUGUGGCGGACUCAGGAGCAGUUGGCGGUGCCGAGGUUCCCUCCAGCUGACGGGUACGCCUCCUCCAGCUCCUCCCACAAACGCCUCCAGGUUCUGGAUCAGGACACGGCCGUGGCGGCGUUUAAACACGCCUUCAGCCGCCGUGUGGACCGAGGUUUUGAUGCCGACAGAUUUCUUUUUGCCAAAUCGAAGUUCGACUUUGUGGCGAGAAACGGCAUAGAGCUGUCGGUUCUUAAAGACGAGCUCGUCGAGGUGCUUGACGACAGGAAGCAGUGGUGGAAGGUUCGGAACGGCUGCGGAGCGUCCGGCUACGUGCCAAACAACAUCCUGGAGGUCACCAAAGCUGUGGACACAAACCGAGGAGAACCGGUCUACAGCCACACCAUCCAGCUCAUGAUGCCAAAGAAGGAGUUUGAGUUGUUCAAGCAGCAGUUACUGGGAGAGUUAAACGAGAAACAGACCACCAAGUCGGACCCCCUCCCCUCUAAACCCACAGCCUCUCCCGUGGCUGAGGUCCUCACGCCGCCGCCCCCCGCCCCCCUCAGCCUUCCCACGCCGCCGCUGCCGCCUCCGGCCGUCGAGCCCGUCCAACCAGGCGGCGGCAGCGUGGCAGCCAGCAGGCAGAACGGCAGCCCGACCCACGAGAGCGGCAGGAGCGCCGCCAAGGAACCGAGCGGUCGCAGAGACGCCGCCGGCCGCAGGAAGUCCAACAUGGAGGAGGUCCAGGACGAGCUGGCCCACCGGCUGACUUUGGGUCGCAGCGCUCAGAAGAAGAUCCAGGUCCCGUCUUCCAGCCUGCCGCCCCCCAGCGUCACCUACGACUCGUCUCCGCAGGAAGUCCGAGGCUGGCUGGAGGCCAAAGGCUUCAGCCCCGUAACCAUCAGCAGCCUGGGCGUUCUGACCGGAGCUCAGCUCUUCUCUCUGAACAAAGACGAGCUGAAGACGGUUUGUCCCGACGACGGAGCGCGAGUCUUCAGCCAGGUGACCGUCCAGAAGGCGGCGCUGGAGAAGGGUUCAGGCUCUGAGCUCCAGGAGAUCAUGAGGAGACGGCAGGAGAAGCUGGCAGCCAUUACCUGUGACUCAGGGGUGGAGUCGUUUGAUGAAGGCAGCAUCCACUGAGCCCCCACCCAUUGAGCCCCACCCACUCAGUCUCACUCAUUGAGCCCCACCCACUCGGCUUCACCCAUCAAGCCCCACCCAUUGAGCCCCACCCACCCAGCCUUACCUGAGCUCCAUCCACCCAGCCAGCCCCACCGAUUGAGCCCCAACCAGACGCAGUCCUUUUAAUUGUUCCACCUGCUGUUUUCCCACUCUUCGUUGUCAGGUGGCGACGGACCAUGCAGAGUUUGUGGAGAUCAUGCGUCGCAGGCAGGAACUCCUCCGCUCGUCUCCAUGACCUCUGGACCUCCAGUCAGGUCACAGAUAUGAAUGUUCUGCCAUGUUUGCCUGAAGUUCUGUGGAACAGUUCUGGGACUUCUGGUUCUGCUGCUCGGUGGCUGAAUCCUGUCUGUUGAUGUUGGAACGGCUGAUCAGCUGCUCUUUGGGCCUCUCAGGUUGGAUCAGAAUCUUCAGAACAUGGGACUUCAGUGAGAGAACGAGACGAGAACUAAACCUGAGGAGCUCAAACUGCAGCUGGUUCUGACCCGCUGGGCCCAGAGUUCUGCUGUUCACUUACUGUUUGUAUUCAAAUACAUUUUCAGCUCAU